AUGCGUGCUGCCUACCUCCUUCCGUUGCUGGCACUGCCAGCAGCGGCCCAGCUCGCGGGCCGCCACGGCGACGACGAGGACGAGAUGAUGGACAUGGCUCACGGCGAUGAGCACGAAGUGGCCGCCACUGCCACCGUUUUCGAGUCGUAUUCCUCUGCUGCCUCUUCUGCAAUCGCACAUGCCUCGUCUUCGUCGAUUCCCGCACCACCACAUGGCCAUGACGCCCAUCACCACAACUCGCAUGCUCCAAUCAAGGAGUACCUCGACGACGCCGAUGUUCACCGCUGGCACACGUUCCCCCCAACCUACCUGGACGCCGACUUCCGCCUCACCAACGACUCGGCAAUCUUUGGAGAGGACCUCACCAAGGGCUGGGACGCAGAAACCGUUGCUUCACACCCACGCCUGAUGCUCCUGCACGUCUUGUCCAUGGUCCUGGCGUACUUUGGAGCUCUUCCAGUCUCCCUCGCCCUUCGUGCUGCUGGCCACCCCAGUCACUAUCUCGCCAAUGGCGUGUUCCUCGCUGUGGCCAUUGUCGGCUGGCUCGCGGGUGUCGCCUACAAGGCAGCGAUGCCAGACAUGUACGAAGGUGCCAAGCACGGCGUCAUUGGCAACAUCCUCGUCCUCACCUCCAUCGCCCUUGCAGCCCUCGACUCGUUGGGCGUGAUCGCUUCCGCCGUCACGUACCACCGUUCUGGAAACCGCGACUGGCGCGUGUUUUUCACCGAUGCGCUCCACGCCACUCGCGAGGACAAGUUUAUCGAGGCUAGCCGCUACGAAAUGGUCGGCCUCGAGGAGGAGCACAACCGCCGUUCCGUCUUUGCGCUCGGCGAUGACGAGGACGACGAGGACGACUCGCCCACCAGCUCUGGCCGCGUGUCGCCGCACUCGCACCGCCACUCGGCGUCUCGCCACUCCACCGGCUCGGACGGUACCCUCCGGGACACACCCACCUCGUCGGGCUCCUCGGCCCAUGGCUUUGAGCUCGAGAUGGGUGCCGACCGCAAGGGCAAGCGUUCACAGGCGGGCGCGUUCGACGACCACUGUGACAACGAGGCGCCACGCUGGAUCUCCGUUCCCGAGGCCGCCCCUCAGAAGCUUAACGAGCGCAUCUCGGUGGCGCGACUGGGCCAGAUCAUCCUCACCUGGGUGCGCCGGACGCAGGUCGUUGUCGCCUAUGUGGCUGUCUGCACCGGUAUCCCCAUCUAUGUCGGCAUGUGCCGGGCUGGCUUUAUCAACACAUGUGCCGCGCACACUAUCAAGGGGUCCAUCUUCUUUGGCUACGGUGUCCUUACUUUCGCUCGCUACCUCGGCGCCUACGCCGACCUGGGAUGGGCUUGGAACCUCAAGCCGUCGGACUCGGACGCCAUCUCUGCUGAGAUGGUCGAGUGUGCCGUCAUCUUUUUGUACGGCAUCUCCAACACCUGGAUGGAGAGGUUUGGCUCCAAGCACGGCGACCCAUACACCGUCAAGCAGGUGCAGCACAUUUCCAUUGCGGUCAUGUUCUGGUUUGCCGGCCUGUCCGGCAUGCUCCUCGAGUCGAAGCGUGUGCGCCGCGCCCUCUCGGCCGUUCUGUACACUGGCCGCCGGGACAGCCGCGUUCGCCAGCCCGUCUCGUACUCGUUCAGCUUCAACCCCCUCCCGGCCCUCGUCAUCGGCAUCACAGGUCUUGCCAUGGCCGCCCACCACCAGGACUACAAGUUCCAGGUCGAGAUCCACUCGCUGUGGGGCCUCCUUCUCGCCGGUGGUAGUACAUUCCGUUUCCUCACCUACACCUUCCUGUGGCUCCGCCCGCCCGUCGAGUCGACAAUGCCGUCGCGCCCGCCCACCGAGGUUCUUACUUCGUUUGGCUGGGCUGCCGGCGGUAUCGUCUUUAUGCUCUCGGACGAGGAGGUGGCCUUUGCGGCCAUGCGCUCGGGCUUUGACGACAUGAUGGCCUUCCUCAACCUCACUAUUGCACUUACGUGCUUUGUCUUCUGCUGGAUCGUCGUCGUCCUCGGCAUCAAGGGCUACGCGCUCUUCCGCGUCAAGCGCGGCGUCGAGCUCACCGACGAUAUCGAGGCGUAG